AUAAACAUUGGCGCGCCAUGGCGAAGCUGCCUAAGCCUCCCAAGUCGUUUCCUAUAAAAUCUACUAUACCGACGAAGCCUGCCGCGCCACUGCCCCGGCGAAUUCCCCGAACGCAGCCGACGGCUGAGCAUCUGCUACGAGUACCCGAGAACCAGACGCCCGAACAAGCAGCUAAGAGAGUAUGGGCGGCACGACCAAAGCUAUCUGAUCUCCAGCGGCUGUCGGACGAGGAGUUGAGGUCGGCGCAGCACCAGGCCAAGCUGCGACAAUGGAGGCAAUGGCCCAUGUUCGGCAUUGGUCUGAUCGCAUUCGGGAUGGGCACAUACGCAACAAUGCUCUGGACAUCGCUGACUCAUGAGGCCGACUUGAAAGACCUGCCGGUGGAUCUUUCUGAUCGGUUUGACAAGGAGGCUGAGGGGUACGACGAGAAAGUGGAUACAUCGGAGAUGCUCCUCUUCCUAACUCGGAAGCGCAAGAAGCUCACAGCCAUGGCAAAGGGACAUGUGUUGGAGGUGGCCGUGGGCACAGGCAGGAACAUACCCUAUUACAAGACGAAGCAAUGCGCGACGGUAACGCUGCUGGACUCGAGUGGGCCUAUGCUGGAGGUUGCCAGGCGGAAAUGGAACGACACGCACAAGGAGUACUUUAGCCGCGUCUUUUUUAAGCAUCAGUCAGCCAUUGAUCCAAUAACGCCUCCGUAUGGCGCGCAAGAUGGAUACGACACGGUGUUGCAGACGAUGGGGUUAUGUUCGACGCCGGAGCCCGUCAAGCUACUGCAGAACCUAGAAGCGUCGACUAAUGAGGAUGGGCAGAUACUGCUUCUGGAGCAUGGAAAGUCGCAUUACGAGUGGCUCAACAAGAUGCUAGAUAAGACGGCCCCCACACAUGCCGAUGAGCAUGGCUGCUGGUGGAACAAGGACAUUGGCAAGAUUGUCGAGGAGAGCGGCUUGGAGGUUGUCGAGAUGAAGCGCUAUAACUUUGGCACGACGUGGUGGCUCCAGUUGAAGCCGAGGAAAGGCAUACGGCAGAAGCGGACUACGGCAGGUUCAGGUGAGCAGCCGGCCACUGCGCAGGCCGGGCCGGCAGUCGAACACAAGCCAUGGUGGUGGUUGUGGAGUUGAAUACAUAACCGUCCGUCUCGUCAUCUCCACCCCGCAUUAUCGAGAGUGGAGACCUGGCACGACUAUCAGACACAAGGCAUGCAAUGCUCAGUCUGGACUACUCGACGGCUACGUACAGCUGCGCAUACGUAGCCCCAGGGGGGCGCUGGGUCGGGCAGGCCAGGCAAGGCCAGGCAGCUUUUGUUUUUGCCCAAGGUGACGCAAGGCUUGGGCAUGGCUGAGAUGAAGGAGGGGCACGACCGGAUGCGGUAAUUCCAGGAUGGCGAGCGAGAAUCGUCACUUGGGAGGACCCAAGAGCAGGUGAAGCGAGAUCUGCGGUUGGGAUCAUGGGCAAUGCACAAACGAUCGCGUCACCAUCACUACUUUGCAAGCGCACGGCGGCUCAUCCAAACUUUGAUAUGUUUUACCA